AUGGCGUAUCGAGCCCGUUCCAAUUCGAGAAUUCUGAACGAGGUAAUAGCUCCGUGGUUAAGGUCUCAAGAUAUUAAGGGAGCCCACUAUCGACGCAAAUCUAAUUUAUUAACUGUACAGUUGCACGGUCUUGUUUUUUCCAAAGUCCGAAUGGUGUUCUGGUCGGACGAUGGUUUGCUCCCCUUUUUUCUUUUAAUUUUUUUUGACUUUUUGCCAUGUUUACUACUUUUUAACUUUACAUAUGUUGACUUUAUAAUAUAGAAGCUGGAAGUAAAAAAAACGUGUUGUUGUGAGCUAGAGACAAAAUGCCAUAUUUUUUGAGUGGGAGCUGGUUGAAGUAAAUAAAAACGGACACUGAAAUGGGGGAACUAAAAAGUGUCUAGAGAAAUAAAAAAUUAGUAUUUAAGAUAAAGGGUGGUAGUAACAUGAAACAAGAAACCUUUCAACCUGUUGCUUGCAUUUUUUCCAUAUGCUGCUUCGUUUUUCUAGUAAAAAUUUAUUUACAUUUUUAUUAUUAGUUUCAUUAAUUAUUAAAAUUAUUGCCAAGUUUUAAGUAUGUACAUAUAAUACAGUCAGAUCUCAUAGUAAGCAGAGAUUGAGAUUUUUGAAAAGCCUGGGCAUGUUCCUGGGUUUUGGGUUUGAUUUAAUGGCUUGGGCCGGAUCCAGGGCCUUUAGUUCAGGAAAACCCAGGAAAGUCAAAGAAUGCCUGGGCCUGAUAAGGAGUCAGUGUCUAGACAGCCUUCUAAAAUGCCUAGGCCUUAUAAGGUGUCAGUGUGACGUGUAUAUUAAAAUGGGAUUAUCGUUUAGACUGGCUCUCACCCCCAUCACCUUCAUG